AUGGACCUCCACCAGCCCUUUAAGAUGGACAGCCCCUCUUACCUACCUGCUCCUCUGGCCUCUCCGGCUCUCAUGGUCUUGGCCUCCACUGCUGAGGCUGGCCGUGAUGCCUCUGUGCCCUGCCAGGCUCCCAGGCCUUUUGGUGUCCCAACCUCUGUAGAGAAGGACCUGCACCUGCCUUUCCCUUCUGCUUCAUACACUUUCACAUCCAUGUACCAGCGUCAAGGCCCCCUAUCAGGUACCUUUACCCCCAGAGACUUUCCUGCCUCCCUCCUUCAUCUUCACCCACAGUUUAGUGCCCCAAACCUGGACUGCUCCCCCCUGGGCCUUCUCAGCCACAGCAGUGUCGGAGCUUUUAGACCAUUCUCAUCUCCCCCAGAGGACAGGGAGCCAGGGGGCUAUCAGUCAGCAUUUACCCCUGCAAAGAGACUCAAGAGCUGCUUCCCAGAUAUGGAGGGAAAGGAGUUUGACUUCAGCUCUUCGGGGACCUCCCACAAAACAGGAGAAGACUCCGGGAGGAAGUUGUUCUCUAUGUCGGGCCUGCUGUCUGAUGGAGAGGCUUCAUCGAGUCCAGAGGAGCGCAAAGACCACAGUAAAGUGAAGGUGCUGUAUGACACGCAGACCCCCAUGUGCCCAGUGUGUCAGAGUGUUUUGAGACCAGGAGAGCUGCAGGAACACAUGGAGCAAGAAUUGUCCAAAAUCGCCCAGCUACAAAUCAGCACGACUCCAACGCAUGACUUGCUGCUCAGAACACCAAAGACUCUGGGUCUCCACAUAAAACGUGAAGGCAGCUCACCCACCUCUCCUCUACGAUUGGCUGAUGAUGUUCACUCUGAUCGCUACCAGACUUUUCUCCGUGUGCGGGCAAACAGACACACCCGACUCAAUGUCGAUGACCUCUGCUGGUGCAGGUGCUACGUCAAAUCUGCCCCAAUGCGCCCUCACAGCGCAGGAGCCCACCUAGACUGCACACAAGCUGUCAGGAUUGGGAAACUGAAGAGGCGGAAAGAAGAUGGACAGGAGGUGCCUGUGGACCUCAUGUCUCCAGAGGAGGAGUGGGCGGAGCGUAGGAGGGUACACAUGGCCUCUGUCGUCGGAGGAUUUAAAGGUUCUGUUUUAGUGAGUACAUCAACAAAAGACUGUCGAGACAGUGAUGCCGACCUGGAUGUGGACGGAGAUGACACUCUUGAAUAUGGCAGAGCACAAUAUACUGAGACAGAUGUUAUUCCAUGUUCAGGGGAAAGUUCAAAGGAAAUAACAUCAACAAAUAGUGGCACGGCGCCCGACUCUCGGCUGAAUCAGGACUUCCCAAAGUGGUCAAAUGAGGGAAGCCCAUCCACCAGCAGUGGAGAAAAAGGAGAUGGCAGCAUCGGCCCUUCCCCUAAAACCUGUAAAAACAGUGAGCUCGAAACGAUCACCACGGACUCCUCACUGACUACACUGGAUGCACUUAAGGCUCGGAUACGAGAACUGGAGAAGCAGCUGUCGAAAGGAGACAGAUUCAAGUGCUUAAUCUGCAUGGACACUUACACAACUCCGCUCACUUCCAUUCAGUGCUGGCACGUUCACUGUGAGGAGUGCUGGCUCAGAACUCUGGGAGCGAAGAAGUUGUGUCCUCAGUGCAACACCAUCACCUCUCCAGGAGACCUAAGGCGAGUCUACCCAUGAUGCAGACCCAGCCAAUCAGGAGAAAAGGGGCGUGGCCUCGUGGGCAGCUGGUCUGUCUUUGACCAUCACCCUUCAGUUCAUUCCUCACUAACCUACGUGAUCUAAUAUUAUGUACAGUUUCAAUGUCAAAGCAACACAAGCAAGAAGAACUCAGGCAAACUUAUGCUUUGGGACAA